AAACUCUACAAAACAUAAAUUGCAUACAGACUCUUUGUAACUUGUAUUGUUAUCUGCUAAAAUUUAAAAGAACAACCCAAGCUACAUAUAAAAGAAGAUUAACAGAAGAAGGACCCUAUGGCUUCUCAGGAUCAAGGGUACGGUUCCCAACAACACAACUAUGGCCAAAGUCAACCAAGUCGGCAGCAGGGAGGUGGGUAUGCUCAAUAUCCACAACAAGGACAAUCUCAUUAUCAGAAUUCUUCAUAUAAUCAACAACAACAACAACAACAACAACAUGGUUAUCAACAAUCUCCUCAAGCAAGUGGUGGUGCAAGCUAUCAACAAUCAAGUCAAAGUUAUGCUCAAAAUCAAGGCCAAGGUCAAUCUGGAUACGAUAGAAUGAACAAUCAAUAUCAGGGAAGGCCUCAACAGUCGAGUGCACCACAACAAAGAGAUACAAGUUCUGCUGGAAGUAAAUCCGACAGUUAUUCUGCAGAUAGUGGGGGUUAUGGUCAACAGGCUAUGUACGGAUCAAACCAACAAAGUUAUGGGCAAUCUAACCAAUCAUAUCAAAUGCCAAGCAAUAAUGGAAGAGAUACGACUUCACAAAGAAGUGGUGGCAGUGGUUCAUAUGGCCAAGAUAGCUCUGAAUCUCAGGGUUAUGGAGGUGAAGAUGGUCGUGGACGGGGUGGUAACCGUGGCAACAGAGGCAGAGAUGAUGGUAACUACCAGCGGGGAGGUUAUAAUAACUCCCGGGGUGGUUAUGGCGAUUCUCGUGGUGGUGGUGGUAGUUAUGGGGACUCUAGGGGUAGUUACGGAGAUUCUCGUGGGAGUUAUGGGAAUUCCGGAGGCGGGUACAAUGACUCAAGAGGAGGGUAUGGAGGCCAGGAUCGUGGGGAGACACGAGGGCGAGGAGGGGGAAGAGGCGGCUAUGAAGGAAGAGGAGGUUUCAGAGGAGGAUAUGACUCUUCCGAGAACCGUGGACGACAAGGUGAAUCAGGCAACACACGAGAUCACAGUGAUGGAGGUAGUGGUGCGGCCUCAUCUGUUGAUAAUACACCAGGACCAGCAAGCGACACAAUCUUUGUGCAAGGCAUGGGUCAAAAUAUUACAAAGGAAUCUAUCGCUGAGUAUUUUGGACAGAUUGGAAUCAUAAAAAAAGAUAAGCGAACACAAGAGCCUCGGAUUUACGUUUACAUGGACAAAGAAAUUAAUCAACCAAAGGGUGAAUGCACAGUUACAUACGAUGAUCCACCAUCUGCUCAAGCUGCCAUAAACUGGUUCAACAACAAGGAAUGGAAUGGAAACUUACUGAGUGUUAGUUUUGCCCAACAACGUGCAAGUGCUGGACCAGGAGGGUUUUCAGGGAGAGGUCGAGGACGUGGUGGAUUUGGAGAUAGAGGUCGAGGUCGUGGACGUGGAGGUGGUGGAAGAGAUUUUGGCGAUCGAAGAGGAUACGAUGGUGGGGGAAGAGGAGGUUUCCGUGGAAGAGGAGACAGAGGAGGUGGUAGAGGAGGUUAUGGAGGCCGAGGUGGUGACCGGGGCGGACGCAGAGACGGUGGCGGUGGAAAAUGGAGGGGUGGCCCACCCCAAGGCGGAAGGUCAGGUCCUUAUUAAGAUUCUUGUGACUGAAAAAAUGGAACAAACUUUUGUGAAGCGAUUUUAUAGUCAGUGGGUUCGCGUAUCAUGGUUUCACAAACUGUUAAAUGUGGUCUCUGUAUCUUGUUACAUUUCAAAGUGAACUGUCGCAUCCUUGUACAUUUUUUUCAAUCUAAUGUUACAAAACCCGCCAAUUAACAAUAAUAAAUUCGACUGUACAUUU